CAGCUUGUAAAUCUGUGUGGAUAGCUCCUUGACAUGAAAAUCUCAACUCAAACCUCAGAUUGUUGGUGUUGUAGCCUUCUCUGGUGAUAAUUGACUGAAAACAGUCUGUUCAGGACUCACUACCAACAGACUACAUGCCUUCUUCCACUUCAUCAGGUGAUGGGGAUGAUCCGGAAGCCUGUGUUUUGAGAUUUUCAGAUCUAGAUUUAAAAGACACAGAUCCAGUCAAUCCCACUAGCCGUUUCAAAACAGAGUUAGAUGUUAGUGCAAAGAAGAAAUACUCAUUUGCAAAGAGAAAGGCAUUUGCCCUUUUCGUCAAAACCAAAGAAAUUCUGGUGCCUCCUCUUGAGUAUCAUGAGAAAUGGUGGAAGUGCUGUCAGCAGACUUUCAAGGUCCAGUCCAGCUUCCAUAGACAUGUGGCUACACAACAUGCUGAUGAGAUUUGCCGCCGGGCUGCUGCUAUUUUACAGCAGCUGGCUGGAACAUCGUGCACCUCUGACAGUUUUAAGUCUUCGAAUAAAAGAAGUCCUCCAAAAGGGGACCUUUCUCAUCACCACGAAAUGUCUGCCUGGCUCCCUGAUACAAGUUGCUUUAGCCCUGAUGAGCUGAUGAGUGGCCAGGGCAGUGAUGAUGGAGAGGUGCUACUUUAUUACUGCUACCGAGACCUGGAGGAUCCCCAUUGGAUCUGUGCCUGGCAGACAUCUCUGUGUCAGCACCUGCACCUCACAGGCAAAGUUCGAAUUGCUACUGAAGGAAUCAAUGGGACCGUAGGCGGAAGCAAACUAGCGACCAGGCUGUAUGUGGAAGCCAUGCUUUCCUGCCCUCUGUUUAAGGAUUAUAUGUGUCAGGAUGAUUUCAAGACCAGCAAAGGAGGAGCUUGCUGUUUUCCAGAAUUGCGUGUUGGUGUAUUUGAGGAAAUCGUGCCCCUGGGGAUUCAUCCCAGUGAGAUCUCCUACAAGAAGCAUGGAAUCCAUUUAUCUCCAGGUGAAUUUCAUAAAGAAGUAGAAAAGUUUUUGUCUCGGACAAAUCAAGAACCAAGUGAUACUAUUCUCUUGGAUUGCAGAAACUUUUAUGAGAGCAAAAUAGGACGGUUCCAGGGCUGCCUAGCUCCAGACAUCAGGAAAUUCAGUUACUUCCCAAGCUACAUUGACAAAAAUCUAGAACUUUUCAGAGAGAAGAGGGUACUGAUGUAUUGCACUGGAGGCAUCCGUUGUGAGCGGGGCUCAGCCUACCUCAAAGCCAAGGGAGUAUGCAAGGAAGUGUUCCAGCUCAAAGGUGGCAUCCACAAGUACCUGGAAGAAUUUCCCAAUGGAUUUUACAAAGGGAAGCUGUUUGUUUUUGAUGAGCGUUAUGCCUUGUGCUACAACAGUGAUGUAGUAUCAGAAUGUUCCUACUGUGCAGCCCCAUGGGACCAGUAUAAGCUCUGCUCUACACCCCAGUGCCGCCAGCUCGUCCUCGCUUGUCCCGUUUGCCAAGCACAGGGGCACACAGCCUGCUGUGGCCCAUGUCAAGACAAAGGGGAUUUGCUAGCAUCAAGAUUGGAUUGGAGCAACUUUAAAGAGGAAUGCGAGUGCACAAUCCGACGGCCACGUAUUCCCAUCGAACAAGCUCUCUCUCUGCCACUGCUUAUGAAUCUGGAGCCAACAUCUGGCAUGGGUGAAGAGGCGCCACGUUUCCUGGAGGGGCCCCAUCGACCUCCUGCUGAGCCCUCACAGAGCUAGACUGAAGGCAGCUAUGUUCAGAAGAGUAGAGCCACAGUGACAGGAAAGGCUCCACAAAUGCUGACACUGGCUGGUCCCUCCAUCAAAGCCAGCUGCUCCCCUGAUUGUUGCCUGUGUUUCCCAGGGGCAUGUGAAACAAUGCUGGAUGUCGGCCAUUUAUCCAAGACUUACAGUGCCAGAGCACAGAGAAAGGAGCAGGACACCUUUGGUGCAGGACCCUAAACAUGCUGAGGCAGACGUCUGCCUCAAGCCUGGUGCACAGUUUAUUCCCACAGGGGAUCCUGCAGCAGUCCUGAUGUUAGUUGUCAAUAAAGUGGGCUUUCCUCGUAGACUGGAUAGCUGUGAGAACAAAAAAGCAUGAUGACUGUGGCCUGGGCCACAGUGUCUGGCAGGGAUAUCUUUCUGAAAUAAUUAUCGCAUCCCAUAUGCAGGAUCUGUCUCAGUACUGAGUCAUUUAGCUGAUACUUGGAGCUCACAAACCCUGAAACACAAACCCUCACAAACUGAGGGUCCUUGACACAAAAACUUUGACCCUUCCUGUUAUAUACCAAUAGUUCAUCUGAUGGAGCCAAUGGUCUUCCAGAUGUGACCUGCCUUUGUAUAUUGUUUCACUUCCCAUGAGAAUCCACGUUAACCCUGCAUGCUCCCCCAGAGAUUCUAGUCUGUGCAAGGAUCCUAAUGGUUGGUCACUCAUUGUGAGAGGAGCCCCCGAGAGAAGACACAUACUGAAUGAGAUUAAUUUAGCUCUGCCAUGGUGGCUUUCUAGCCCUCCAACCAACACCUCACCUCAUGGCACUAUCCCAUGCAUCAAGACAAGUCACACAAGUUCCAAGGAACACAGCAUACAUUGACCAACAGAUUUAAUAUGAUAUUGCAGGAUAUUUCCAGUGAUGCAGAAUACAACUGCAGUUGUGUUUAAAGAAAAGCCACUGGGGCUGGCCAUCCCUGCAGCGUGAUGGUGCUCCUGGACCCCACUGCAGCCAUUGUAGAUUCUACUGUAGUGGAGACCCAAGGUCCACCUCUGCAUCUCCUGUACCUUUCAAGGCAUUACAGUUGAAUGUGCAGAGACUUCCUGUUUCAUCACAAGCCUCCGCUCCUCUAGAGUGCUCUGCAGCUCAGUCUGCUCAUCAGCGCUGGCCUGUUCUUGAUAGAUUUGCUGACUCAUGAAAGUAAUUCCCUAAGCAACAAAAAUGCUAGUUUAACUGGCACUGUGGUACAUUCAAAGGCACGAGGGCAUUGUGGCUUAACAUUUUUUGAUGGCUCUCAAGAUGAUGUUAAGAAAAAAAAGGAAAAAAGGUCUGGCAAAAAUAACAAAA